GCGUCGGGCAGACACGGUCAUUCUGGGUCAUACGGACUCCCAAGUUUUUGCUGUUUUCUUUCAGAUAAGGCCACGAUACUUGUUACGCAGUGCGGCAGCCAUGUCGGUGAAGCGUCCUCUGCCUCUCGAUCCCCUUCCCCUCCUGCCCCACGUGCCUUCUGUGGGCCUUCUCCUCUCCCUGGGUCCACUGUUCGCCCUCAAGAUGACGACGACAGGCACAGGGAUCAUUCAUCUCGUCGCUUGAGUGGGAGGCAUGGUUGCAUGAGAUUACGUAACAGUGCUGACGCACGUGGUUCCCGCGGCACUUCUCCUGCUCCUCCCCCUUGGUCAGUUGUGUUGGACGCCUUGGCUGAUUUGCGGGGUGAAGUGGAGGCCUUGAAGGCAGACAGACGGCAACUACCACCCCCUACUGGGUCGGCGCAGGUGACUGUGGAGGACAGUACUCUGGGGGGCUGGGGUUUGUCGCCUCCUUGUUCUGCCACUUUUUCUGGUUUCUCGGCCAGGAUGAGUGAGGAUGAGGCAGUGUCGAUGCCUGCCGCCCCUGCUGACAGCACCUUAAUUCAGGGCACUAAGGCCUUUGGUCCUUCUGACACGGUGGUUGCUGACAUUGACAAUAGAGUGGCAGAGAUGGUAAACUUUCUCUUUGAUAAUGGUAUGAGAGAGGAGGACUACAAGGCCAUGUGUGAGGACGAUGUUGUCAAGAGGCCUAAUAACUGCCAUGCUCUUGCGCCAGUGGAAUGCAACCCACAGGUGUUGGAGGCCCUGAAGCUGGAUGCCAGGAAGACGGACUUCCGCUUGAAGGAGGUAAAUAAGGACAUCCUGCGGGCUUCAACCAUUAUCACCAAAUCCUUAGUGGCACUGGAUGAUUUGGCUGAACAGGAAGGUAACCCCAAGUUGGCACAUGAGGUGAGCAUGCUAAAUGGUGCAUUGGCAUUGCUAGGCAAUGCCAAUCACAGGAACAAUUUGGCCAGGCGUUUUGUCAUGAAACGCGAGAUAAACUAUAAAUAUGCUCAUCUUUGUUCAGAUAAGGUGCCAAUUACUCGCUUUCUGUUCGGUGACGAUGUGUCCCAGUCUGCCAGACAAAUUGAGGAAGCGGAGAAACUGCGGAGUAAGUUCUCGCAGAAAAAGCCUGCCUUUACUAGCAAGUUCGCAGGUAAACGCCCUGGUGGAUAUUGGAACAAGCCUGCUAGUAGGGGAUAUUACGCCAGGUUCCAACCCUACGGGCAACAGAGGUAUGGCUCCAGGGCUGCCCCACGACUGCCUUCCACUCGUCAGGAUGUGGGCUGCCUGCUGCGGCCGGGGCGGCCGCAGCAGGCAGCCCCAGUAAACUUACAGGCAAGUGCAUGUUUUGAAGCUGGCAGACUACACUCUUUCCUGCAUGAGUGGUGUAAAAUUACCAGUGACCCUGUCAUUUUGGAUAUUGUUCAGCAUUGCCACCUUGAUAUUGAUGUUGAUAGUGUUCAUCCUUUAUUUUUUAAUGAUUUGGAAUACAGGUUCAACACUGUGCAACAGGGGAUAAUUUCUGGAGAGAUCAAAAAACUUUUACAGCUUAAAGUCAUUAAAGUCACACACAAACAAACUCAGCAGGUUAUCUCUCCUAUUUUUUUUGCAAGAAAAGAAAAACGGGGAAUUUCGCCUGGUUCUUAACUUGGAGAGGUUAAACAAAUACAUACCAUAUAAACAUUUUAAAAUGGAAAAUUUUGAACAGGCCAUCAGGCUCAUCAACCAGGGUGAUUUUUUGGCUUCUGUCGAUCUCAGGCAUGCUUAUUAUUCUGUUAGGGUUGCAGAUGAGCAACAACGAUUUUUAUGUUUUACAUGGCAAGGUGUUAUCUAUCAAUUCACCUGCCUCCCUAAUGGCAUUUCUGAGGGACCUCGGCUUUUCACCAAACUGAUGAAGCCAGUAUUUGCUACUUUAAGGCAGGAAGGAUACACUAUCACCAGCUUUAUAGAUGACACAUUAAUUUGCAGUAACUCUUACUCAGGAUGUCUUCAGGCGAUUCAGGCCACCAUUUCUCUGUUGCAGAGGUUAGGCUUUUGUAUCAAUAUGGAGAAGUCUGUUCUCAUCCCCACACAAUGUAUUGAAUACCUAGGCAAUGUUAUUAACACCAAGUUCAUGACUGCCUCUUUACCUGAGCGUAGACAAAUCAAAAUUCGCCAAGGAUGUGCAGAACUUUUGUGUAAAGAUGUUGCCCCCAUUCGAGAGGUGGCCAGGGUGAUCGGCCUCAUGGUGGCUGCGAUCCCAGCAGUGGAGUUAGGUAAACUUCACUACAGAAAAAUUGCCGCUUUGAAACAGGAGUAUGGUAAUUUUGACAGGCCUUUGAAUAUUACUGCAGACAUGAAACUAGACCUUUCCUGGUGGUUAGACAAUGUGGACAGACACCACAGACACAUUUUUAGGCCAGGUACUGACAUCGAUUUAUUUACUGAUGCCUCCAGCCUUGGUUGGGGGGGUCAUUUGGGGUGUCAGAUUACAAGUGCUACUUGGUCCCUGGAUGAAAAGGAGCUUCACAUUAACAUCCUGGAGAUGAAAGCCAUUCUAUUUUCUUUGCAAGCAUUUGAACAUGAGCUGGAAGGUAGACAUGUUAGAGUUUUUUGUGAUAAUACCACUGCCAUAAACUAUGUCAAUGAAAUGGGAGGCACAAAGUCCAAGUCCUGUAAUGAUGUUGCUACCCAGAUUUGGGAUUGGUGUCUGGAACAUGACUCAUGGGUUACAUGCUCGCACAUACCGGGGAAGGACAACACCUUGGCUGAUGUAGCCUCUCGCAAGAUUAAUGACAGACAUGAGUGGAAACUCGACUCACACAUUUUUACUACCUUGUGUAAUGUUUUUGGGACACCGUCCAUUGAUUUAUUUGCCUCAAGGCUUAACAAACAGGUUAAUACAUUCUGUUCGUGGUUGCCAGAUCCGGAGGCUAAAUAUUUUGAUGCUUUUUCCUUGGACUGGUCAAACUUUGAUUUGUCUUACAUUUUCCCCCCAUUCUCAUUAAUUGCUAGGUGCCUUCAGAAGUUACGUGUGGAGUAAGCACGAGGCUGGAUGGUGGUUCCUCUGUGGCCGUCCCAGUUUUAGAUGGGCAUGCUGCUCCAGUUGCUAAUAGACUUCCCACGUUUGAUAACGAACAGGAGGAAUGUUCUAACACACCCAUCCACAACAGAUCCACACCCCAUCAUGUCCCACACGAGGCUCAUGGCAUGCCUUCUGUCAGGGGAAAACUUGCAGAAACGAGGAGUUUCGCCGGCUGCUGCGAACAUCAUACUUGCCUCCUGGAAACCAGGUACUGAGAGGCAAUACCGCCCACAU